AAAGCCAGCGGCAGCGGUGGCGGCUCUCACACUGUGACACAGCCGGAGACGUCCUCCAGCCCGGAGCGCUCAGCAGCAGCGCCGCUUUGGAUACCCUGGACAGCGCUCCUCCAAUCGGCUGGAGUUCCCGGUGCUACUGCCUGUGUCAGCCCUGCUCCCCUCACUAUGGAUCACAUACAGACACUAGAUCGGGAAGUAAAUGCUUUUGUGGAUUAUUUGUUUGGCCCAAGAGAUCCAAGGGUUAGAGGAUGGUUAAUGCUGGACUCCUACCUUCCCACUGUUUCUUUGACUAUCCUUUACCUCAUUUCCAUAUGGUUGGGGACCAAAUAUAUGAAGAACAGACCAGCAUUCUCUCUCAGGGGUCACUUAAUCGUUUACAAUUUUGUGGUCACGUUGCUUUCCUUAUACAUGUUGAUAGAGCUAAUUCUUUCAACAUGGGAAGGUGGUUAUAACUUACAAUGCCAGAACCUGGACAGUGCGGGUGAAGCAGAUGUGCGGGUGGCCAAAGUUUUGUGGUGGUACUAUUUUUCCAAAGCAAUUGAAUUUAUGGACACAAUUUUCUUUGUUUUACGGAAAAAGAACAGCCAAAUCACAUUUCUCCAUGUAUAUCACCAUGCCACAAUGUUCAAUAUAUGGUGGUGUGUCUUGAACUGGAUUCCUUGUGGUCAAAGUUUCUUUGGACCUACACUGAACAGUUUCAUUCAUGUCCUCAUGUACUCCUACUAUGGCCUCUCAGUUAUUCCAUCUAUGCACAAAUACCUCUGGUGGAAGAAGUACCUCACUCAGGCACAGCUGAUCCAGUUCAUACUCACCAUUUCACACACCCUGAGUGCAGUGGUUAAGCCUUGUGGGUUUCCUUUCGGCUGUCUAAUAUUUCAGUCCUCAUAUAUGACUACAUUGGUCAUAUUAUUUGUAAACUUCUAUCUAAAGACUUACAAAGCAAAACCAUCAAAAUCAGAUUCAAAUGGAACUAAAGCCAGCAUAGAACUGAAGAAUGGAUUUCACAAAGACUUGGUGAAUGCAAGCAAUGGUGCUGUGCACAAGAAACACAACUAGAACCUGAAGAGACGGAUUAUUAAGCAGCCGCCUCUUUCUGAAGUGAUAUUUAAACAUGCUUCAAGGCGAGCUCAUAACUACUGAACAGUAUCAGUUCCCUUUAAAAGCAUUUUUUUAAUAAUCACUACCCCAGAUUAUGAUAAUCUUUUGAUAUAUAGAAUAUGACAUGAAAGGCUUUUAUCCAAAUGUCAUCAUAACAAUAUUACAAGCAGAAAGUACUUAUUUGUAGUCCAGGAAAUGCCUUAUAACAUCUCAAUGACGUUCUUUUACAUGUUUAACAAUUUUUAAUUUAAUGUAGGACUUUGUACUUACUAAAGUUUAAAUUCUGUGAAAACAAAAAAAAC